AAAAGAAAAGCAUUUGGUAAUGAAAGCACAGAAUAAGAAACCAUCAUUCAGCUUAGAAAAUGACCAUGAAAAAGGAUCAGAAAAGAAAGGGUCUGAAAACGGACAAGAAAGACAUAAACUUAAGAACUUCAAAGCAAGAAUGCCACCAAGUUGUCAUCCGUACCAGUAUCCAGUGAACAAUAUGAUUUCAGAUUAUGUCCAUAUUGAGCAACUGAAAACGUAUUCAGGACAACUGAAUGAUUUCAAACCUGGACAUGCGGGAUACUCUGUGAAGAGGAGUGAAUUCAUUCACCAAGUGAAUUUAUGAAGAUGUUUAAUUCAGAAACUGGUGCCUAAUGUCAUGUUAAGGUACAUUUAAAAAUCCCCUUGCUCUUCAUUAGCAUGAAUAUGCAGCAGAUCUGCUGUUAGCCUUUCAGAUAGAUCCGUUGUAAAUCAUCAACCUUUUUAAACACUUAAAGGCAAACAUAUGAUUUAUAAUUUUUGAGUCUAAAAUUUGUCUAAGACUGUAUAAAGAUUUUUCAAUUUGUUUUUAUCCUGGCAUAGUAAAUUCUAGCAGACUGUGAACAAAUAGCUAAUUUGGAAAACAUCGUUUCAGUUUGUAAUUUCCUAGUAACUAAAUAUCAGCAAAAUGUAAUGGACUACUUUUAAGCAGGGCAUUAGAUGACUUCCACAGUUUUCAUGUAAAAUGACUGCAGUUCUAAUAGAGAAGCUACUUUUUAAAUAUGUUGUCAUCCUUAA